AUGAAUUUACAAACAUUAUUUCAAGAUUUCAAUCCGAGCAAGUUCGUGGUACACACUUGUUUACUUAUAUUUACUGCAUUACUGGCCUUAAAAUUGGAUAGCACAAUUACAUGGUCCUAUUGGGCCGUAUUUACGCCAAUUUGGAUAUGGAAGUUUUUAGUCGUGCUUGGUGCCACUAUUGGUACAUAUGUAUGGUGGCAGUAUCCACACUUCAGACUAGAAGGUGAAGCAUACAUACAUUACAAAGCAAUGUUAAUAAGUCUAGCUAUUCAUUUGAUUCUCCUCAUGUUUGAGUUACUUGUAUGUGACCAGUUGACCACAGGUCGCCAUCUAUGGAUACUAGUCUUCAUACCGUUAAUCUUUAUAAGUAUUGUGUCGAUUGCAAUCUGUAUUUGGUCUGUGAAGCAUGACCGUAGCUAUGAGCUUGAGUUAUUUUGUGCUGUUAAUAUUCUUCAGUUUAUAUUCUUGGCCUUAAAGUUGGACAAUUUUAUCCACUGGUCGUGGGAGGUUGUUUUUGUGCCAUUGUGGAUCCUUAUGUGCCUCAGCCUUGUAGGUGAGUGGGUACUGUACAGUAUAAUAUUCGCGGGUAUAUUACUACGAACCCCGGAGGUGAAUAUGCAGCAACGCCGGACCAGUUUCAACACAGCACUAGCCUAUACUUUCACCGUUAUACCGAUACUGGUGUUCCAGGUCCUGCUCACGAACAAACUGGAUGAUGGGUUGGCCCUCUCUUAUAUCGUGGUGGUGAGUCCGCUCUUCGUGAGCUACGCCACGCUUAUUAUAAUGUCAUUCAGCUCGAAGGGAGGCAACAAAUGGUGGUUCGGGAUAAGGAAGGACUUCUGUCAGUUCCUCCUUUCGGUGUUCCCGCUCCUCCAAGAGUACGCGAACAUCGCAUACAACAACAACGCGAACCGCGCCUCGGGCGGCGAGCCCGCCAUCCCGGAGCCCUACAGCGACGACGCGACCCACAAGAAGCCGAAGGGAAAGUCGCACAAGAACCAGAAGAAGAACGAGACAAUGAAGCCCGUCGUGCCCGUAACUAGUAUAGACAUGCCCGAU